CAUUUUAAAAAUUGUUUGCUGAAGGUAAAGUGGGCGUAUAUAGUCACUUUUAGGUAUACAGUCAUAAGGUGGCAGUCUGCUGGAUCUAACCAGUUUAAGUGCUGCCAAAGAAAGACCGUUAGAAAUUGUCAGUUUCGAUAGUCAGAAAAUUGGUUCUCACUACAAAGAUGGUGCUACCACUGGUUGUAUUAAUAUGGAUCUUCUUACAACCAUCAUAUGCUCAAGCUGUUCCAACAGUGACCAUUACACAGACAUUCUACUCAGUCAAUUCAGGAAGUACUGUGACCUUGGCAUGUACUGUAUCGUCCACUACAACUGUAACAAGUGUUACCUGGCAGAGAACAGUCAAUAGUGCUAUCACUACAAUUACAUCCAAUACCAACACCAACAAAUACAGCGGCAGUACUUCAUCUACUCCAUCACUAACCAUAUUCAAUGCAGAUUCAAAUGAUGCUGGAACAUAUAGAUGUUUUGCUUCAAACAGUGCUGGAACAGGACAGAGUGCUAACAUAGCAAGUCUGUCUGUUACCACAAAUACUGUUCCUGCAGUGACCAUUACACAGACAUUCUACUCAGUCAAUUCAGGAAGUUCUGUGACUUUGGCAUGUACUGUAUCGUCCACUACAACUGUAACAAGUGUUACCUGGCAGAGAACAGUCAAUAGUGCUAUCACUACAAUUACAUCCAACACCAACACCAACAAAUACAGCGGCAGUACUUCAUCUAAUCCAUCACUCACCAUAUUCAAUGCAGAUUCAAAUGAUGCUGGAACAUAUAGAUGUUUUGCCUCAAACAGUGCUGGAACAGGACAGAGUGCUAACACAGCAAGUCUGUCUGUUACCACAAAUACUGUUCCAACAGUGACCAUUACACAGACAUCCUACUCGGUCAAUUCAGGAAGUUCUGUGACCUUGGUAUGUACUGUAUCAUCCACUACAACUGUAACAAGUGUUACCUGGCAGAGAACACUCGGAGGUUCUACCACUACAAUAACAUCAAAUACCAACACCAACAAAUACAGCGGCAGUACUUCAUCUACUCCUUCACUCACCAUAUUCAAUGCAGAUUCAAAUGAUGCUGGAACAUACAGAUGUUUGGCUACAAACAAUGCUGGGACAGGACAAAGUGCUAAUACAGCAAGUCUGUCUGUUACUUCAAAUACUGUUCCAACAGUGACCAUUACACAGACAUUCUACUCAGUCAAUUCAGGAAGUACUGUGACUUUGGCAUGUACUGUAUCGUCAACUACAACUGUAACAAGUGUUACCUGGCAGAGAACAGUCAAUAGUGCUAUCACUACAAUUACAUCCAAUACCAACACCAACAAAUACAGCGGCAGUACUUCAUCUACUCCAUCACUCACCAUAUUCAAUACAGAUACAAAUGAUGCUGGAACAUAUAGAUGUUUUGCUUCAAACAGUGCUGGUACAGGACAAAGUGCUAACACAGCAAGUCUGUCUGUUACCACAAAUACUGUUCCAACAGUGACCAUUACACAGACAUUCUACUCAGUCAAUUCAGGAAGUACUGUGACUUUGGCAUGUACUGUAUCGUCAACUACAACUGUAACAAGUGUUACCUGGCAGAGAACAGUCAAUAGUGCUAUCACUACAAUAACAUCCAAUACCAACACCAACAAAUACAGCGGCAGUACUUCAUCUACUCCUUCACUCACCAUACUCAAUGCAGAUUCAAAUGAUGCUGGAACAUAUAGAUGUUUUGCUUCAAACAGUGCUGGAACAGGACAGAGUGCUAACACAGCAAGUCUGUCUGUUACCACAAAUACUGUUCCAACAGUGACCAUUACACAGACAUUCUACUCAGUCAAUUCAGGAAGUACUGUGACUUUGGCAUGUACUGUAUCGUCAACUACAACUGUAACAAGUGUUACCUGGCAGAGAACAGUCAAUAGUGCUAUCACUACAAUUACAUCCAAUACCAACACCAACAAAUACAGCGGCAGUACUUCAUCUACUCCUUCACUCACCAUACUCAAUGCAGAUUCAAAUGAUGCUGGAACAUAUAGAUGUUUUGCUUCAAACAGUGCUGGAACAGGACAAAGUGCUAACACAGCAAGUCUGUCUGUUACCACAAAUACUGUUCCAACAGUGACCAUUACACAGACAUUCUACUCAGUCAAUUCAGGAAGUACUGUGACUUUGGCAUGUUCUGUAUCGUCAACUACAACUGUAACAAGUGUUACCUGGCAGAGAACAGUCAAUAGUGCUAUCACUACAAUAACAUCCAAUACCAACACCAACAAAUACAGCGGCAGUACUUCAUCUACUCCUUCACUCACCAUAUUCAAUGCAGAUUCAAAUGAUGCUGGAACAUAUAGAUGUUUUGCUUCAAACAGUGCUGGAACAGGACAGAGUGCUAACACAGCAAGUCUGUCUGUUACCACAAAUACUGUUCCAACAGUUACCAUUACGCAGACAUCCUACUCAGUCAAUUCAGGAAGUUCUGUGACUUUGGCAUGUACUGUGUCAUCCACUACAACUGUAACAAGUGUUACCUGGCAGAGAACAGUCAACAGUGCUAUCACUACAAUUACAUCCACUACCAACACCAACAAAUACAGCGGCAGUACUUCAUCUACUCCAUCACUCACCAUAUUCAAUACAGAUUCAAAUGAUGCUGGAACAUAUAGAUGUUUUGCUUCAAACAGUGCUGGUACAGGACAAAGUGCUAACACAGCAAGUCUGUCUGUUACCUCAAAUAAUUCACCAACUGUAACCAUACUCAAUGGUGCCAUUAAUGUGGUGCAAGGAAACUCUGUAACACUUGAUUGCACUGUAUCCUCCAAUCUGGCACUAACGUCUGUUUACUGGAGGAGAAACUCAAAUGGUGCUAUAACUACUAUAAACCCUACUGUAAAUAAUCCUAACAAUAAAUAUUCUGGUAGUACCACAUCAAAUCCUGCAUUAACCAUAUUUAAUGCUGACAUUAUUGAUGCUGGUGAUUAUACUUGUUUUGCUGUCAGCAGUGCAGGAACUGGACAGAGUAAUAUAGACACAAGAGUUACAGUACUGGCACAGAGUGUACCAACUGUUAGUGUACAACAACCAUCCUAUUCAGUGUCCACUGGUAGCUCUGUAACUUUAUUUUGUACUGUGACAUCGACACUUACUGUCAAUAAUGUUUACUGGCAAAGAAAUGUUGGUGGUACCAUAACACAAAUUACACCCAAUACCAACACCAACAAAUAUAGUGGCAGUACGACCAGCACACCAUCUCUAACCAUAUCUAAUGCAGACCAAAGUGAUGCAGGAACUUACACAUGUUUUGCUACCAACAGUGUAGGAACUGGACAAAGUACAACUACUACAUUGUCUGUUACUGGAACUGUGCCCACUGUUCAGAUACAACAACCAUCUUAUUCUGCUAUAACUGGCAACAUUGUCACCCUGGUGUGCUUUGUGACAUCUAACCUUGCUGUAACUAAUGUUUACUGGCAGCGAAAUGUUGGUGGUAUCAUAGAAACCAUUUCAACAACAACAAACACUAACAAAUAUGAUGGCAGUACUGCUGCAACCCCAUCUCUAACCAUCUUUAAUGCAGCACAAAGUGAUGUAGGAACUUACACAUGUUUUGCCACCAACAUUGUAGGAACUGGACAGAGUACAACUACUACACUGUCUGUUACUGGAACUGUACCCACUGUUCAAGUUCAACAACCAUCCUAUUCUGUUACAACUGGUAGCUCUGUAACCUUGGUGUGUACUGUGACCUCUACACUAACUGUCAAUAAUGUUUACUGGCAACGAAACAUUGGUGGUGCCAUAACAACCAUCACAUCCUCAUUUAACACAAAUAAAUACAGUGGCAGUACAACUGGCACACCAUCUUUAACCAUAUUUAAUGCCGCACAAAGUGAUGUAGGAACUUACACAUGUUUUGCCACCAACAGUGUAGGAACUGGACAGAGUUCAGCUACUUCACUGGGUGUUACUGGAACUGUACCAACAGUUCAAGUUCAACAACAAUCAUAUUCAGUCACCACUGGUAGCUCUGUGACCUUAGUGUGUACUGUAACAUCUACACUUACUGUCACCAGCGUUUACUGGCAAAGAAAUAUUGGUGGAAGCAUAACACAAAUUACAACCAACACCAACAAAUAUAGUGGCAGUACUACCGGCACACCCUCCCUUACCAUCUUUAAUGCAGACCAAAGUGAUGUAGGAACUUACACAUGUUUUGCCACCAACAGUGUAGGAACUGGACAGAGUACAACUACUACACUGUCUGUUACUGGAACUGUACCAACUGUUCAAGUUCAACAACCAUCCUAUUCUGUUACUACUGGUAGCUCUGUAACCUUGGUGUGUACUGUGACCUCUACACUAACUGUCAAUAAUGUUUACUGGCAGAGAAAUGUUGGUGGUACAGUAACAACCAUCACAUCCUCAUUUAACACAAAUAAAUACAGUGGCAGUACGACCAGCACGCCAUCUCUAACCAUAUUUAAUGCAGCACAAAGUGAUGUAGGAACUUACACAUGUUUUGCCACCAACAGUGUAGGAACUGGACAGAGUUCAACUACUACACUGUCUGUUGCUGGAACUGUACCCACUGUUCAAGUUCAACAACCAUCCUAUUCUGUUACUACUGGUAGCUCUGUAACCUUGGUGUGUACUGUGACCUCUACACUAACUGUCAAUAAUGUUUACUGGCAGAGAAAUGUUGGUGGUACAGUAACAACCAUCACAUCCUCAUUUAACACAAAUAAAUACAGUGGCAGUACAACUGGCACACCAUCUUUAACCAUAUUUAAUGCAGCACAAAGUGAUGCAGGAACUUACACAUGUUUUGCCACCAACAGUGUAGGAACUGGACAGAGUUCAACUACUACACUGUCUGUUACUGGAACUGUACCUACAGUUCAAGUUCAACAACCAUCAUAUUCAGUCACCACUGGUAGCUCUGUGACCUUGGUGUGUACUGUAACAUCUACACUUACUGUCACAAGCGUUUACUGGCAAAGAAAUGUUGGUGGAAGCAUAACGCAAAUUACAACCAACACCAACAAAUAUAGUGGCAGUACUACCGGCACACCCUCUCUUACCAUCUUUAAUGCAGCACAAAGUGAUGCAGGAACUUACACAUGUUUUGCCACCAACAGUGUAGGAACAGGACAGAGUACAACUACUACACUGUCUGUUACUGGAACCCCACCUUCUGUUACUGUACAACAGCCAUCAUAUUCCAUUACAAUUGGGGAUUCUAUCACUCUUGUUUGCAUAGUUACCUCUAAUCUCCCUGUCACAUCAGUACAAUGGGAAAGAAAUAUUGGUGGUACUGUAACGACUAUUACAAGCACAACCAACACCAAUAAAUACAGCGGUAGUACUCCUACCACUCCAUCUCUGACUAUAUCUAAUGGAGCACAAAGUGACUCAGGAGAUUAUACAUGUUUUGCUACCAACAGUGUCGGAACAGGACAAAGUACAGCCACCACACUAUCUGUAACAGGAACUGUACCAACAGUUCAAGUUCAACAACCAUCAUAUUCAGUAACCACUGGUAGCUCUGUGACCUUGGUGUGCACAGUGACAUCUACACUUACUGUCACCAGCGUUUAUUGGCAAAGAAAUGUUGGUGGAAGCAUAACACAAAUUACAACCAACACCAACAAAUAUAGUGGCAGCACUACAGGAACCCCAUCUCUGACCAUCUUUAAUGCAGCACAAAGUGAUGUAGGAACUUACACAUGUUUUGCCACAAACAGUAUAGGAACUGGACAGAGUACAACUACACAACUGUCUGUUACUGGAACCCCACCUUCUGUUACUGUACAACAGCCAUCAUAUUCCAUUACAAUUGGGGAUUCUAUCACUCUUGUUUGCAUAGUUACCUCCAAUCUCCCUGUCACAUCAGUACAAUGGGAAAGAAAUAUUGGUGGUAUUUUAACAACUAUUACAAGCACAACCAACACCAAUAAAUACAGUGGUAGUACUCCUUCCACUCCAUCUCUCACUAUAUCUAAUGGAGCACAAAGUGACUCAGGAAAUUAUACAUGUUUUGCUACCAACAGUGUCGGAACAGGACAAAGUACAGCCACCACACUAUCUGUAACAGGAACACCGCCUACUGUUGCAGUCCUGCAACCAUCAUAUUUUAUUACUGUUGGAAACUCUGUCACUCUUGAAUGUACUGUUUCAUCUGUCCUUCCUGUAACAUCAGUUCAAUGGCAGAGAAAUGUUGGUGGUACUAUAACGACCAUCACAUCAACAAGUAACACCAACAAAUACAGUGGUAAUACUGUUACCACACCAUCUCUCACUAUUUCUGUUACGGCCCUAAGUGACACAGGAGAUUAUACAUGUUUCGCCACCAACAGCGUAGGAACAGGACAGAGUACAGUCACCACCCUCACUGUAACAGGAACACCACCUACAGUCACAGUCCAACAACCAUCCUAUUCUAUUACUGUUGGAAACUCUGUCACUCUGGAAUGUACUGUUACCUCUGUCCUUCCUGUAACAUCAGUACAAUGGCAGAGAAAUGUUGGUGGUGCUAUUACAACCAUCACAUCAACUAGUAACACCAACAAAUACAGUGGUAGUACUGUUACCACACCAUCUCUCACUAUUUCUGUUACGGCCCUAAGUGACACAGGAGAUUAUACAUGUUUCGCCACUAACAGUAUAGGAACAGGACAAAGUACAGUCACUACCCUAACUGUAACAGGAACUCCACCUACAGUCACUGUCCUACAACCAUCAUAUUCUGUCACUGUUGGUGACUCUGUCACUCUGGAAUGUACUGUUACCUCUGUCCUUCCUGUAACAUCAGUACAAUGGCAGAGAAAUGUUGGUGGUGCUAUUACAACGAUCACAUCAACAAGUAACACCAACAAAUAUAGUGGUAAUACUGUUACCACACCAUCUCUCACUAUUUCUGUUACUGACCUCAGUGACACAGGAGAUUAUACAUGUUUUGCCACGAACAGUGUAGGAACAGGACAAAGUACAGUCACCACUCUUACUGUGACAGGAACACCACCUACAGUUACAGUCCUACAACCAUCAUAUUCUAUUACUGUUGGAAACACUGUCACUCUGGAAUGCACGGUUUCAUCUGUCCUUCCCGUGACUUCAGUUCAAUGGCAGAGAAAUGUUGGUGGUGCUAUUACAACCAUCACAUCAACAAGUAACACCAACAAAUACAGUGGUAAUACUGUUACCACACCAUCUCUCACUAUUUCCAUAACGGAACUUAGUGACACAGGAGAUUAUACAUGUUUUGCCACCAACAGUGUAGGAACAGGACAGAGUGCAGUCACUACUCUUACUGUAACAGGAACUGUACCAACUGUAAUCAUCCAACAACCAACAUACUCUGUUACCACUGGUAACUCCAUUACCUUGGUGUGUACUGUGACCUCAAACCUUGCUGUCAAUUCUGUUUACUGGCAGAGGAAUAUUGGUGGUACAGUAACAACUAUCACAUCAACCAACACCAACAACAAAUACAGUGGUAGUACUAUUUCCCAACCAUCUCUAACCAUCUUUAAUGCAGCACAAAGUGAUGCUGGGGUUUACACAUGUUUUGCCACCAACAGUGUAGGAACAGGACAGAGUACAACUACCUCACUGUCUGUUACUGGAAGUAUUCCUGUAGUGAAUAUAUUACAGCCAAACUACAAUGUUGUCAUAGGAAACACUGUGACAUUGGAAUGUACUGUUUCGGCAAAUCCUUUCCAAACCAGUGUUGUCUGGCAGAAAAUUCAGAAUGGUGUUACAAGUAAUGUCAAUACAGGACUUGUCACUAAAUAUACUGGUGCUACAGUAAACACUCCAUCCUUGACCAUAUCUAAUACAGAUACAACAGAUUCUGCAAAUUAUGUUUGUACUGCUACUAACAGUGUUGGAACAGGAACCAGUUCUCAAACUUCACUAUCUGUUACUGGAAGUAUUCCUGUUGUACAAAUACAACAAUCAUCAUACUCUGUUAAUCUGGCACAAACUGUAACACUAGUAUGUACUGUAACUGCUAACCCUACACAUACCACUGUCCAAUGGCAGAGAACACAGAAUGGAGUCACUACAAAUAUUGGUGUCGGAUCUGGGAAAUACAGUGGUGGUACUGUAAAUUCACCAUCACUUAGUAUCAAUAAUGCUGACCUGAAUGAUAUCGGACAAUAUGUAUGUUCUGCUACCAACAUUGUAGGAACUGGAAGCAGCACAGCAACUACUUUAAAUGUUGUUGGAGAUCCACCAACAGUUGUAAUACAGCAACCAUCAUACAACGUGUUAGUGGGUAACACCAUUACGUUAGUAUGUACUGUAACAUCCACCCCUGGAGCUACAUCAGUUGUUUGGCAACGUACCACAAAUGGUGUUACAACAACAAUCAGUUUAGCAAAUACUAAUAAGUAUAGUGGCUCUUCUGUAAAUGUCCCAUCUCUGACCAUCUUUAGUUCUGCCGAGAGUGAUGAAGGAAGUUAUGUUUGUCAGGCAACGAACCAGUUUGGAACAGGAUCUAGUUCAGCAACUACACUUACCGUUACUGGAAGUAUCCCAGUAGUUCAGAUUUUACAAUCUACAUACCAAGUAAACUUUGGCAGUACUAGAGUAUUGGAGUGUACAGUUAGUUCAAACCCCACCCACACGACUGUACAGUGGCAGAAAUUAGUCAACAAUCAAUUUCAGUCCAUCAACUUUGCCAAUAAUAAAUAUAGUGGAUCUUCUGUUUCUACUCCAUCUUUAACAGUUAAUUCAGCUGACUUGAAUGAUGAAGGAUUUUAUAUUUGCACAGCUACUAAUAGCUUAGGAACAGGACAGAGUUCACAGACUUUCUUAGAUGUCAUUGGAAAUAUUUUAACUGUAACAAUUCAGCAGUCGUCAUACACUGUUACAAUUGGUCAAACAGUAACCCUGGGGUGCACUGUGACUGGUUCCCCUGCUGCUAACACUGUCUAUUGGCAGAAAACAGUAAAUAAUGUUGUAACAACCAUAAGCACCAACACAAAUAAGUAUAGUGGCUCCACCAUUAGCACACCAUCAUUGACUAUUGUCAAUGCUGACCAGAGUGAUGAAGCAACAUACGUCUGCUUUGCUACCAAUGGUGUUGGAACUGGUCAGAGUACACAAACUUUCUUGGAUGUUACUGGAAAUAUACCAUCUGUACAAGUUCAGCAGCCUCAGUACAGUGUAAACUUUGGUUCAACUGUCACUUUGGUAUGUACUGUAACUGCCAACCCUGCUCAUACUACUGUGCAAUGGCAGCGUGUCAUCAAUAACCAGAGAAGUAACAUCAACAUAGGUCUGGCAAAAUACACAGGGUCUACAGUCAAUACACCAUCACUGACCAUCAACAAUGUGGAAAUUAGUGAUGAAGGCAACUACGUCUGUACAGCAACUAACAGUAUUGGUACAGGAGAGAGCACACAAACUUUCUUGGAUGUUGUUGGCAAUGUGUUAACUGUACAGAUUCCACAGUCUUCAUACUCUGUUCUUCUUGGUCAAUCCCGAACUCUGGAAUGUUUGGUAUCAGGAUCACCAUCGGCAACAUCUAUCUAUUGGCAGAAGAUUCAGGGUGGUACAACAACAACUAUAAAUAGUAACACCAAUACAAACAAAUACUCUGGAUCAACUGUUGGCACACCAUCUCUAACUGUAUUGAAUGCUGUGCAGGAUGAUGAGGCUAAUUACAUCUGUUUUGCUGUUAAUGCUGUUGGGACUGGCCAGAGUCAACAGACUUUCUUGGAUGUUACAGGAAAUGUACCAUCAGUUGUUAUUCAACAAGCCCAGUAUACAGUCUUGAUUGGUAACACUGUGACACUAGGAUGUACAGUGACAGCCAACCCAAGUCACACUACAGUUUACUGGAGGAGAGUUAUUAAUGGUGCCCUCACAGACAUUAAUGUCGCAAAUAAUAACAGAUACAGUGGAUCUACAGUCAACUCACCAUCAUUAGUCAUCAAUAAUGCUGAUAAUUCUGAUGAAGGAAAUUACAUCUGUUAUGCUGAUAAUUCGGUUGGAACUGGACAAAGUUCUCAAACUUUCCUUGAUGUUUUUGGAAGUGUACCAGUUGUAACUGUAUCAAGCACAUCCUACAGUAUCAAUCUAAAUAACCCUGUCACUCUUGGUUGUACUGUGACUGCCAACCCAGCUGAGACAAGUGUGUACUGGCAGAAGAUUAAAAAUGGCGUGACUACAACAAUUAAUUCCAAUACAAACACCAACAGAUAUGGAGGAUCUAGUGUACAGAAUCCAUCAUUACAAAUCUUUAGUGUAGUGGAGGAUGAUGAAGCCACAUAUGUGUGUUUUGCCGUGAACAGUGUUGGAACAGGACAGAGUUUACAGACCACUCUUACUGUUAUUGGAAGUAUCCCUUCAGUUGUCAUUCCACAAAACCAGUAUCAAGUAAACUUUGGUAACACUAUAACAUUGCAGUGUCAGGUGACAGCUACCCCACAACACACUUCAGUAGAAUGGAGGAGAACAAUUAAUGGAGUCACAAGUGUCAUUUCUGUUACAAACACCAACAAAUACAGUGGUUCUACAGUUGCCACUCCAUCCCUGACGAUAUCAUCUUCAGCAAUUAGUGAUGAAGGCUUCUACACAUGUUACGCUACAAACAGUAUAGGGACAGGCAACAGUCAACAGACAUAUUUAGAUGUUGUCGGAACUAUACCAACUGUAACAGUACUUUCAAACCAGUACUCAGUUAUCUUAGGUAAUACUGUUACAUUGGAAUGUCAAGUUGUUGCCACACCUACACACACCUCUGUACAAUGGACAAGAGUAGUGAAUGGUCAAACAACAAAUAUUAACAUGGGAACAGGAAACAAUAAGUACAGUGGUUCUACAGUAAACGGUCCAUCUUUGACAAUCUCAGCAGCAGCCAAUUCUGAUGAAGGCUAUUACACAUGUACUGCCACCAAUGUUGCUGGAACAGGUGUCAGUCAACAGACAUACCUUGAUGUAACAGGAAAUUUACCACAAGUGGUUGUAACUCUGCCGAAUUAUAAUGUUGAUAUUGGAUCCACUGUCACACUUGGAUGCACAGUAACUGCCAGCCCUGCUCACACAGUGGUGUAUUGGCAGAGAAUUGGCAAUAAUGGCGUAGGAACCAACGUUGACAUGAACAAUAAUAAGUACAGUGGUUCUACAGUCAACAGUCCAUCACUGACAAUCAAUAAUGCUGCUAUAAGUGACGAAGGAAGCUAUAGAUGUUAUGCCACUAAUAGUAUUGGUACAGGACAGAGUCAAAACACUUUCUUAGAUGUUGUUGGCAAUACUCCAGUAGUAACUGUACUGAGCAACCAGUACUCUGUGAAUAUUGGGGCCAGUAGAACACUUGAAUGUACUGUAUCAGCAUCACCCACUCAUACUAAUGUAUAUUGGCAGAGAAACAUCAAUGGGGUAUCUACCACAAUUACCAUUAACAACAAUAAAUACAGUGGUUCCACAGUCAGUAAUCCUUCACUGACCAUUAAUAAUGCUGAUAAUAAUGAUGAAGGAUUUUACAUUUGUUUCGCUACUAACAGUGUAGGAACUGGACAGAGUGCCAACACAUACUUGGAUGUUCUUGGAAGUAUACCUGUGGUCGCCAUAUCUCAGCCUUCAUACUCAGUUAACUUCGGUGGAACAGUUACUUUAACGUGUACAGUAUCAGCCAAUCCUGCACACAACAAUGUAUAUUGGCAGAAGGUUGUUAAUGGUGUUUCCCAAUCAGUGACAAUUGGUAACAGAUAUACUGGAUCAACUGUUUCAAGUCCUUCUCUAACUAUCUCCAAUGCUGUCCAGAAUGACGAAGGAUUCUAUGUUUGCUAUGCCACAAAUAGUGUUGGUACAGGAAACAGCCAGCAGACCUUCUUGGAUGUUCAAGGAAAUAUACCUGUUGUUCAAGUGCUGCAAAACACAUACACUGUUCAAGUUGGAAACGUUGUGACCUUGCAAUGUACUGUGACUGCAAAUCCUGCACACACUUCAGUACAAUGGCAGAGAUUAGUUAAUGGUCAAACAACAACCAUCAACCUUGGAACUGUUGGCAAAUAUACAGGAUCUUCUGUCAACACACCAUCUCUUACUAUAAACAAUGCUGCUAACUCUGAUGAAGGCUAUUAUAUCUGUCGGGCUACUAACUCUGUUGGUACAGGUCAGAGUUCACAGACCUACCUAGAUGUAAUUGGCAGUGUAUUAACAGUUGUUGUUGCUCAACAACAGUACAGUGUUAAUUAUGGAAAUGCCAUAACCCUGGUAUGUACUGUCAGUGGUACUCCAUCAGCUACAUCUGUGUACUGGCAGAAACUGAAAAAUGGACAAACAUCUACUAUUAAUUCCAACACAAAUACAAACAAAUACACAGGAUCAACUACACAAAAUCCAUCACUUACGAUUAAUAAUGCUGAUGAUACUGAUACUGCUACGUAUACCUGCUUUGCUGUUAACUCUAUUGGUACUGGACAAAGUCAGCAGACGUCCCUUUCAGUGGUUGGAAAUCUGCCAAUAGCCACAAUUGGUUCAAAUCAAUACGCUAUCAUUGUCGGAGGAUCUGUAACACUAGGAUGUAGUGUUAGUGGCAAUCCUGCUGUCACUUCUGUACAAUGGACAAGGGAAGUUAAUGGACAAAAUCAGAAUGUAGUCAUUAGUGGUAGUAAUAGAUAUAGUGGUGGUACGGUCAACUCACCAUCACUGGUCAUCUCUAACGUUGCCAAUAGUGAUGAAGGAUAUUAUAAGUGCUCAGCUACAAACAUUGUUGGAACAGGAGUGUCUCAGCAAACAUUUUUGGAUAUAACUGGAAGCAUACCAAUUGUCACUGUUCAACAAAGCCAGUAUAGUGUUACUGUUGGAAACAGUGUGACCUUGACUUGCACAGUGACCUCUAACCCUGCACAUACCAGUGUUAAAUGGGUAAAAACAUUGAACAAUGUAAACACUGACAUAGAAGCGACUGGCAGGUACAGUGGAGCUACAGUCAACGGACCAUCUCUGACCAUUAGUAAUUCUGUAAAUUCUGAUGGUGGAUAUUAUACAUGUUAUGCUACAAAUAGUAUUGGAACAGGACAGUCACAGAGUACCUUCCUCAAUGUCAUAGGAAAUGCUCCACAAGUAAACAUUCUUGCUCCUACAUACAGUGUCAAUGUUGGAAGUUCUGUUACACUCCAGUGUUCUGUAUCAGCUAACCCUGUACACACAUCAGUUUACUGGAAAAAGAUAGUUAAUGGUGUUGCCAAUGAUAUAAUCAUGGGCACAGCUAACAAUAAAUAUGGUGGAUCAACAGUUAGCUCACCAUCACUGACCAUUAACAAUGCCGUUGUUGCAGAUGAAGGAUACUAUGUAUGCUAUGCUGAGAAUUCUGUAGGAACUGGCCAGAGCUCUCAGACUUUCUUAGAUGUCAUCGGAAAUGCACCUAUUGUCAACGUUCUUCAGAUAUCCUAUUCUAUCAACAUUGGAAGCGACAUUGUAUUGGGUUGUACUGUUACAUCCAAUCCUGCUCAUACUAGGGUAUUCUGGCAGAGGAUUAUAAAUGGACAAGCACAAGACAUUACUGUGACCAACACCAAUAAAUAUAGCGGAUCAACACUGAAUACACCAUCUCUCACUAUAACUGGUACUCAGGCUGCUGAUGCUGGCAGUUACAGAUGUUUGGCUGAAAACAGUGUUGGUGUUGGACAGAGUCAAAUAACUGUUCUUAAUGUUGCCGGAAAUGUUCCAACUGUUGUAUUAACUCAGACAUCAUACACUGUUGGUUAUGGUGACACACUGGUAAUUGGAUGUACUGUUACAUCAUCUCCCGCUCAUACAAGUGUAUACUGGCAGAGAAUAAGUGGUAAUGGUGUCACACAGACCAUCACUGUACAAAACAACAACAAAUACUCUGGUUCUACUGUACAGACACCAUCCCUGACUAUCUUAACUGCUGAUGGUAAUGAUGUAGGAGAGUACAUUUGUUUUGCUACCAACUCUGUUGGAACAGGUCAAAGUUCAAGAGGAGUUGUAGCUGUUACAGGAGCUGCUCCAACAGUCCGAAUUUUGCAGAGCUCCUACAGUGUACAAAGAGGUAACCCCAUCACUCUAGAAUGUGAAGUCACUUCCUCCCCAGAUCAUACAAGUGUUUUCUGGACCAGAUUAGUCAACAGCCAGACUGUUACACUCACCAUGACUGGAGCUAAAUAUGGAGGUUCAACUGUUAGUUCACCAUCAUUGAUCAUAUUUAAUGUGGAGGACAGUGAUGAGGGAGCUUAUAUUUGUCAUGCUACAAAUGGAAUUGGAGCGGGUCAAAGUUCACAGACUUUCCUCAAUGUGGAAGGAUAUGUACCAGCUGUAGUAGCUAGUAUUAAACCAACAGUCAAUGUUGGAGAGUCAGUUGUUAUUAACUGUAUUGUCACAGCUGAUCCUAAAGAAACUUCCAUCACAUGGCAAAAAGUGGUGAAUAGUGUUCCUACAACCCUAUCUAUAUCUAGUAACAAUAGAUACUCUGGUGGAACUGUCCAGACUCCAGCUCUCACCAUUUCUAACGUAGAAGACAAUGAUGAAGGACAGUAUAUAUGUCAAGCUACUAACACUGUAGGAACAGGAUCUAGUAAUCAAGUCUAUCUGGAUGUUGUAGGAGAGCCUCCAAGACUGACCUAUGUAACACCAAGCAGAAUAACAGUUACAGAAGGGGACUUAAUACUUGCCACAUGUGUCAGUACAGCCAAUCCAACACCUACAUACACCUGGUAUAAAGAUAACAGUGUUCAAGCUUUCGCAACUGGUGAUAAAUUGAGGAUUGAAAACUCUGCCAGAACUGACAUGGGAACCUACACUUGCCGUGCACGUAACAACUAUGGUUUAGAUGAAGCAGCUCUUACAGUUGAUGUUCAGUACAAGCCUGAUGUAACUAUUUCAACUUCAACUUCAACAUUUAAUGGUGUUGGUGGUGGUUCUGUCAACAUUCCAUGUACACACCUUGCCAACCCUGCUGUAACAGCAGUAAUCUGGAGAAAGGUGUCGGGUGGUGUGACAGAAACAUUGACUGUCGGUGGAAACAAAUAUGCUGGAGGUGGAUUAUACCAGUCUGGUCUUACCAUCUAUAAUCUACAGGCUAGUGAUGUCGGUACAUACCAAUGUUUGGCUACAAAUGACGUUGGUACAGGAGAGAGUGAAAUCGUCACUUUGAAUGUUGAUACACAAGCUGCGCCUUUCGAUGUCAGAAUUAAUCCAGUAUAUGUGGAUGUGAUUGCUGGUGCUAAUUUCGAUGCUACCUGUACAUCUAAAGGAGAUCCUGCUCCUACCUUUGCUUGGUACUAUGCUGACAAAAUGAUUCAGACUGGACCACAACUGACUGUAACAAGCACUAUCAGUACUGAUGGUGGACUGUAUACUUGUGUAGCCACUAAUUCACAGGGAAUGGCCCAAGCUAGUAUGGAUGCUAAUGUUAGAUUUGCUCCAAUCAGUGCUGUCACAAUAACAGAGUUCAAGAGGGUUCUUGGUAACCCUGUUACUUUACAUUGUGCUACAAGAUCUAAUCCUGCUGCCACAGAGUGGUCUUGGACAAAGGAUGGAACAACACUACUCAAUCACUACUCUGAUACAUUCUUAGUAGAUAUGGACAGUCUUCAGGAUGUUGGAACCUACACUUGUAUUGCUAAGAAUACCGUUGGACAGUCAUCUGUUAUAGAAUUCCACGUUCAAGAAGGAGUAAAGACAACCAUAGUUACUGUGGAAUCAUCUGAAAAACUGACUGCAGCAGAGAUAGCAGCCAUUGUAGUUGGUAUCUUACUUGCCAUUGCCAUCACUGCAGUUAUAAUCAUCUGUUGCUUCACAAGAGGAUUAUGUGCAAAGAAAGCUUCUCCAAGAAUGAUUGAGGAAGUACCAGUCCAGAGACCAAUGACUACUGUGAAGGAUCCAAUUUACUUUAAAGACAUUAACUUACAGAUGGUUCCUCAGUACAAGACUAUUGAAUAUGUACAACAAGAGCCACAAUAUUUGCAAUAUGAAUCUCCAAGAAUGGCACAGACCCAGUACCUUCCAGCUGUAGAGUAUAUGCCUGAUUACGAUGAGGAACGAAGAAGGAGAAGGAAGAAAUCUAGAAAACCAGAGCAGGUUGUCCUCGAGGAAAGAGUUGUAUCAGGUGGUGAUGUGUACCAAACAACCAAUGGCGGCAGCAGUGUUUACCGUACUGUUGAUCGUUCAGGAGAUGUGUAUAUAGAUACCACCCAGUAAUCUCAUAAGACAGUUUCAGAUAGAAGCUGUUGAACAGCAGUUUGCAAGAUUCUUUGAAUGAAAGACACUUUUAUUUCUAAAUGUGGCAUCUAGUAGUGGAUGAAUACAUGAAUGAUUGUGCAUGGAGAAGAAUGUUCAGAUUGCUGUUCAGAAUGAUUCCAUCUUGAACUGGCCAUGUUCAAAAUUUAUUAAAGUUUUCCAUUUAUUUUACUUUUUACAAACUUAAUGAAAUAAAAAUAUGUCCUUGUUUUAUUUGUUUUCUUAAAUUUAAUCAAAAAAGAAAUUAUUUUGUUUAUAUUUUUACCCUUUGUGUACAAUUUUUAAAUUUUUUAGAUGUAUUGUUUUGUUUGUUUUGUUUUUGAAAAAUUUAUUUUUGGAGUAAACCAUUCAUUGAACCAAAUUAAGGUCAGAAAGAUGGAUUAAUUUCUGUGUUAUGAUAUGUUAUGUAUGUAAAUAUAUAUAUUUAGUUAUUGUAUAGCAAUCAUAGUUAAAUGAUGUAUGUAAGUAUAGGAUAAUACAUCUUAUAUAUGUAACACAUAAUUGAUAAAAUUAUAUAUUAUCAAACAUUUUUUAUAUACAUUUACAAUUAUAUAUUUUUUUUAUUUUUUUAUUUACCAGUACUUAUUGCAUUUCAUUUUAACAUAUCCAUGUUUCUUUUUAUAUUUAGCAUUUUCAAACAUUCCAAUAAGAUUCAAACAUUAUUUUUGUUUUAAAUUCAUUCCUUUUUUAUUAUAAUACUGUAUGAUUAAAUGCAGUCAUUUUAUAUCUCUUGUAUGUUAUAUUUCAAAUGAAUCAAUAAGUCAUACUUCACAUGUAUACAUAGGAAAUUUCGAGUUUAAAUGACAAUAAAAAAGAAUAUGAAACAGGCUUGUUGAUGAUGGCUGUUAUAUUGUUGAAAAUGUUAUAUUCUUCACAGAAUACGUGGUAUGAACAAUCAAAAUCUGUUACAGACUGAUCUCUUUUUAUGGAAAAGAUAUAAUGUCUUUGUUAAAUCGUUCUAUUGAUAUUCAUUUGUUGUUAUUAAUACAGAUAUUUUUUUAAUAAAUUUAUACUCAU